CUCAAAACGUACAAGAAGCUGAGGUCACACGUUAAGAAUUGGGUUCUUGGUCUCCGAUUUUUGCGAGGCGCUGUUACCAGUGCUCUUCUCGCCAAAAACUGGCGUAGCAAUUACUCUGUAGCAAAUUCUUCAAUUUUAAUUUUAAAAUCUUUUCCUGCCCCCUUUUUUUCCUGAUGAAUUAUUAUUGAAUAAAAUUCAUUUCAGUUUGUUUUUUUUGGAAAGUGAAUUCAUUUAAGUUUUAGUCUCCACUAUUGCAAGAUAACAAUGCAGGCAGUACCCAUAUGGCAAAAAGUUUCGAUUUUGAAAAAAUUAAUUUUCCAAUCCACGAAAAUAGCAGCAGUCACCGAACCACCGGCUACCCAUUUCGCUUUCUUUCAUUCUACUCCCCUUUCCCUGGAGAAAUGGAAGAACAAGUGGAAAUCGGAUUUUAGAAGCCAACAAGCAUCAAAGAAUUAUAUCAGAUAUGUGACACGUCAGAAACGUGCUGACUCAAAGAAAGCUUUGAAAAAUCUGCUCUUUUAUGGGGGCUCCUUCGAUAAGUCUUUUGAGGAAAAAUCUCCAAGAGAAAAUUUGGGAUGGGAUGUAGAGCCAGAUGAACAUUUGGACAAGAAAUGUAAACUCAAGACUUCUGCUCGUAGUAGAACUCGCAUAAGGAGAAGGCAACGUAAACUAAAGAAUCAGUGGUUAGAUGAAGAAGAUUGGAAUGAACAUCCGGCGAAAAUAUUCCAAGCAACCUUUGGUGACAAAUGGUACACCUGGUCGCAUAAGCCUAGGAAGGAAUACUCUUUUGAUGGUUCAAAAACACAAUUUCACCAUGGAGAAGAAACAGAAUGGAGUGGUAGACAGUAUAAUUGGGACAAUGGAUCUGAUACAAAGUACAAUACUGAGUCUUGUAUUGUAGGAUCAUACUCUGAAAGAUCAAUCCUUGGUCUGCCUAUCAGGGGUCCUUUGAAGAUUGAGGAUGUCAAGAAUGCUUUUCGUCUCUCAGCUUUGAAGUGGCAUCCUGAUAAGCAUCAAGGACCUUCACAGGCAGCAGCAGAAGAGAAAUUCAAGUGUUGCGCUGCAGCAUACAAGUCACUUUGCAGCGCUCUCUCCCCAGCAUAAUUUCCAUUUUUUUUCCUUUCCUGUCUAAUUCAUUGGGAAUACUUUUUACAUGUAAUUUUCCAAAUAGGGAUAUGUAUAUUUGUUGAUUAGAUACUAUAGACAACCUGCAGGUAGUUUUAAGACGCUCAGCCACUAGUGACUGGCGUUGUUAGACUGGAUUGAAAUAUGGAGUUUGAUGGGUGAAAUAAGAGCUGAUGGUCUAACUUAGCACUUAACAUUGUAAACUUAAUAUGAAGAUGAGAACGCUACAAGUAUCA